GGGGUGUUGAUCGUGGGUGGGCCAGUUGGCAUCAACAUUGUCUUGCCUCCUGAAAUUGUUUGUUUACCAGUGGUCGGUUGUACAGACGACCCUUGCAGUUGAGGAAGAAGAGGCAUGGCCAAUUUUGAGCCACGUUGUAGAUUACCAGCUCUAGUUCUCGCCGCAGUUGGGCUGAUUAUGAACCAGGGGAUGAUUGGGGAUGCGGCGGCAAGAAAGGCGUUUGAGGGCGGGAACAUGGCGUAUGAGAUUGUGUAUGCUGACUUUGUGUGGUGGUUUCCGGAGGCGACGAGGGACGAGACUGUGCAGACGUAUGUGCUGGCGCUGAGGUUGAUUUGGCAAAUUUCGAUUGCGUUUUCGAGCGUUAAUUACUUGAUUGCCAUCCUUGAGAAGCAGGUGCCGCUGAGGACGGAACUCAAUACUGAGUUUGGACUGGAAAAGGUCAAGUAUGGGUCCGAGGGCGGAAGGAUGGAUGCUGAGAGGAGGCGGGAGUAGCUGGGAGUCGGGAGACAGUUAGACCCAG